AUGGAGGCUCCACGGGCACGUUCUUUCGACGGUGGGGUGCUGGGUGCCGGAUUCAGUAAAGCGGCUCCACAUACCAACAGUUCUGUGACUCAGGGAACUGAGCGCACGGAUGCGCGUUUCAGCAGCAGUCGCAGCCGCGCAAUGAGCUCAUUUAUUUCCACCAGUUCAACGGUGGCCAUGGGUACUGCAGAACUGGCCACCGCCAGAGGCCCCUGGGCGCUAUUCUGCUUCAAAGUGCGGAAUGCUCGGCUUUCGAGGUUUUUGCUUAUAUUAGCUGUUUUAGUUGACUGCAUUGGAGCUUCUUUGGAGGUGACGAACGUGACAUUUCCUGGUUCGUUCUGGGCGAUCCGCCUUCCUGUGUUUUUCGGCUUCAUCUGCUUGGUGGCUACAGGUGCCUGCUCUCGGGGACUGUGGUCAACCAGACGGGCUUAUUUUCGUGCGUGUUCUGGAUGGCUUGACUUAUUCCUUUUACUUAAUAUUGCAGCGGAUCUGAUCUACCGUCUCGGGGUCGACAUGGGUUGGUGGACAUAUACGCCAGUGGCCUUGGGCAUUUUCGCCAUCCUCCGAAAUAUGCGGGCGUGGUCAGUCUUAAGGAUUUGUCGGGCAUUUCGAUCAACCAUAAACAACUUGACGCGCAGUGCCAACGACCUAGCAGCUGUAUGCAUCUUCGUACUGGUGUUUUCGUUAUUAGUACUAGUUGUUCUGCUUCAUUUCUACGGCUUCGCGUGCUGGUAUCGUUGCUAUCCCGAACUACCGCUACCACCGGAGGUCCAGGAGAGCGAUUCAUGUUCUGCAGACAGCUUUUUCUGGGAUCUUGACGAGACACAGCCUCUCUUCUGCUCUGGCUACAUCUCUCCCUGCAAAGGCAGCACGCAGUGCCGCAAUAUAUUUUUACAUUCGGUUACUUCUUCCUGCACCGCCGAAGAACGAAAACGUCUUCAGGAUAGGGCCUGGCAAGAGCUACAGACAAAUGAACAAGCGGGCUAUGGUGUUUUCGGUGUUCAAACAUUGGGAGCAGCGGCAGUCGCCCUCCUCCAAGGAUUUACUCAAGAAGGAUGGUCCGCUACAAUGAAGAGCCUUGCAAACGGUGAUCACCGUAGUAACGGAAUUGUCGCAUAUAUAACGUUUCCUGUGUUGGUGGUCAUAGGGAGCAUGUUGAUAAUGAACCUAGGCAUAGCGGUGCUCUGGGAGGCUUUUGACGCUGCUAAUGCUGUAUCGCCUGCUCGCCCGGCCAUCUUAAAGGAAUCUGAAUGGAGGGUGUACCAGCUGCUGGGCACAGAUUGGCUCAAGUACCUGAUGGUAGAGCUGAACCAAAAAAAAGACAGCCUUGGCGCCUUGGUGCAAUCACCUCCUUGCGCGAAGACGGGUGAUGCAGUAGAUGAAGGUGAAUUUGCUCCCAUCUUCAACGGCGCAAUUUCAAACUAUUGGUAUAUGACCAGAGACUGGCUUAGAAGGGCAAUUGAAAUUAGAUUCCCUGAACAUAAAAAACGCAUGAAUUCCCUCUACAUGAAAAGUAGAGCAUUUGCGUUUCGCUUAGCUACACAUAGGGCCGCCUCUCCCGUGAUGAUGGUUGUCGUUGUCAUUGACAUGGGCGUUCUGUUUGCUCAGAGUGGAAGGAACGCUAGUUUACUGCUCUCUAUUUUAGACCUUUUAACUAGCGCGACGUUCGUGGUCGAGUCGAUAGUGUUGUUACUGGCAUUCGGUAGAAGGGGCAUUAAAAACGGGUUCAUUUGCCUGGACGUACUUAUUGGCGCCCUCGCCAUUUUAGAUGGGUUUCUAGCCCUUGCACUGUGUCCGAAUAUCAGUGACUGCAGAGCUUCAGCCAUAGAAUCUGACGGCUUUCUAGGGGUAUUAGCUCUCAUUUCCGCCUUGCUGCGUCCGUUUCGAGUCUUCAAGGUAGUAAAGUGUUUCUGUUCAUUGCGGCUAACGGCAGAGAUGGUCUGGUCGUUGCACAACUCCCUGAUGCCUUACGUGAUGCUGCUUUUUUAUUCGUGCAUCGUCGUGUCACAGCUGGCCCUGUUCUUCUUCGCGGACCCAAAAUAUUUAGCACAACAUGGAAACGAUGCUUCCCUCAACUUGACGAGAUACUUCAACUUUGAAAACGCCGUCACCGCCUUGCUCCUUUUUUUCAGUAUCCUCACAGGAGAAUCUUGGCAUCUGUUCUUCAAGGAACUACGUCAGAUCUACGGUGAAGAAGAAGAACACGUCACAUCCGACUCCAACCAGUUGUCUGAUUUUAUCCUUUCCGCCCCGUCCCGGGUGGCAGCAAUAAACACAUUCCUCUACUUCUCUCUGAUUUUUUUAAAUUGUUUACUUUUUAACCUGUAUGGAGCAAUUCUGAUCAGCAAAUUUAUUCAAACCCAAAAGUCUAUUGGCGUGAAGUACGCGGCCAAAUUCAUUGUCACCUGUCGUAACGCGGGAAUCCCGAUGCCCGUGGAGGAUGCGCUCCAGGGCCAAAAUGCUCAGGCGCUCUACACGUUUGCCAACAUGCAGACAGAAGACCAGAGGGACGAGCUUAUAAAAGCUAUUACUACGGGAUCAGAGAGAGAAAAGUCAGCAAAGGCACUAGGAGAGUUCGCGCGCAAGACGUCCGUUGUGGUAGAUAUCUGCAAGACAGUUGCAAGGAAAGGUAGCCGUAUGGCCACAAGGGCCAGUUCUGGCAGCGUGUUGUGGGGGAGGGACAGGAGCACCAGCAACACCAACAGUAUUAUUUCAAUGGCUUCCGACAGGCCUGCGAAAAAAGAACUAAUAGGUGACACGGCUUUCGACAAGGCUGCUGCCGAACGUGGCCUUGCACAAUUACUUGAGCGCCCUGCAGAUAAAAUGGCUGAUAGGACCAAUGAGGAUGGCUCUACCGAUAUUCAGAGGGCAGAUGGGCGCAGCGCCCCACGCAUCUUGAACAUCACUGAUAACGGUGUGAAGCUGGGAACAUCCAACAAGGCAGCAGUCAAAUUCGCAGCGGACGAUAGCGCAGUAGCCUCACCUGAUUACGCAGGUUCAAGAAGUCUAGCUGCAGGCGCCGACACGCCAGAAGAAGAGUUGUCGAUCGGAGAGCUCCGUGGCAUGUGCUGGAGUGCAGUUAAGGAGGUUCUAAAGCAGGCCAAAAUCCUCCUGCGGACAACAGCAGCUGCAGGACUUGCGCAGUUUACACCAACCGAUCCAGACAGUCCAUUGUUGCAUUUGGCGUACGCUGGCCGUCUGGUCAGUACCGACUCUGAAGCGAUUACUCAGCCUUCAGCCGUCUCAACAAGCAAUCGACAGAAGACGGAGCCCAAUUCAAAAGGAGUCAAUUCGCUCACCGAAUUAAAUACAAAGUCGGGAUCAUCUGUUAGCAGCAGCUUUCGUCCUCGCAACAAUAAAGUGGAUAUGCGACACCAGGAGUUUGAGCGGCUGCCCACGUGCAUUCAGUUCGUGAUUACCAACGAGCAGCAACGAGGUGGACGAAACGAUGGUCCAGAGCGCUUAUUUCAGAUUUGCUCAAUGUACGCGCGUCGUUCGCUGUAUUUGGCUUCUGCGCCUAUUCAAAGGGACAGGAAUGCAUAG